AUGGGCCCCUGUACCGCCUCCCCAUGCUGCUGCCAGGCCCGUAAUCUGCCAUGGGCCCCCCCCGUACCAACUCCUCAUGCUGCUGCCAGGCCCGUAAUCUGCCAUGGGCCCCUGUACCGCCUCCUCAUGCUGCUGCCAGGUCCAGAGUGUGUCAUGGGUCCCUGUACGGCCUCCCAUUGCUGCUGUCUCUAUCGCCACACUCUGCCAUGUGCCACUUUCAGGUCUCCUCACACUGCUGGUGGUUUCCAUUUUUGUCAUAGGGUGCUGUAUGGCCUCCCAUUGCUGCUGCCUCCACCGCCACACUGUGGCUCCACACUCUGGUUUUGGCCCCGUGACUGCCCAAAUGAGUGAAGUGUGCGGUGAUUCUAAGAUCGACGGCACUCAUCUGCAUGUCAUACUGCCUGACAGUAUUAUUUCUCUUCCCCAGCAGACUCCAAGGGCAUUUAAAUUAAAGGUACAGUGUUCAGCACUAAUAUUA